AUGCCGCAAACCGGCAUUAGCAAUGUUACAUUUCCCUCCCAGGUUUCUGUCAUCCCAAGUUCCCAGCCCGUGGCUCCGGGUUUCCAGGGGCGAAGACUAGCAUGGGUUGGAAACAAGACGGAUUGCACUAAGUCCACUCAUGCGAAGUAUGCCAACUGGAAAAGGCACGGAGUAACCAUAGGCGAUGUCAGAGAAGGGAGGCAGCCAGAUACUAUCGCUCGAACCCCUUCCCCACGAUGGAUCUUCCAUCCUACGAUCGUCUCACCUGAUACUACUGAAGGGAACAACUCGGAAAUCGAACGACCUCUGACGACUCUAUCUUUGUGUGCGCAAAUGCGAUCUGGAUGGAUGGAUGGCUCGGCUCUUGAGCAGAGGGGCCUUGGACCCGGUCCGUACCCCGAUGUUGCCAAAAUUCCUACACCGCCGCUGCAACGGACGGGACUGUUCAUCAUCUUUUUCUUCCCUGCCUUGUCGACGGUGACUUACGCCCUCCGGGCUUACACUCGCAUCACGAUGCGUACUUUUGGCUUAGAUGAUUGGCUUUGCGGUCUAGCACUGGUCGCCGCGAUCUUGGUGUCGUCUACUUUGUUCAUGUUUUUCAAGCUCAAUUACUACGGCUGGGAGGACGACAAGGUCCCAGAUUUCAACCCCAGCGCAGGUCUUUGGUGGAAUUUCGUCGAGCAACUAUGCUAUAAUCCCGUCCUCGCGCUCGUCAAAUGCUCGAUCCUGGUCUUCCUCCUACGUCUGCAAGGACACGACAAGACCAUCUUCAGGGUCAUCUGGGGGCUGAUUAUUGCCACGAUCCUCCACGCGGUUGCCAUCUUUUUCGCUGCCCUGUUCCAGUGUGUACCGAUAGAGACAAACUGGCACCCCGAGCUGAGAAAAGACCCCGAUACCAGAUGCAUCGACAACAGCUUCCACAUCAUUCAGUCAUCAUUGACAAUUCUGAUGGACGUAAUGGUUCUGGCGUUGCCGUUCUGGAUCUUCUUGGGCCUUCGAAUGAAGCGCGGAGUAAAGGUGGCGGUACUGGGCAUCUUUGCCAUUGGCGCUUUUGUCCCAAUCGUCGCCAUCAUCCGACUCGUCAACAUCUACAGGCUACUAUACCACAACGAAAAGGCCCGACACCACAACAUCGCCUACGUUUGGACAGCCGUCGAGGUUAAUCUUGCUAUUGUAUCCUGCUCCAUGCCCGCCCUCCGACCGCUCUUUAGUCGUUGGUACCCUAAGCUCUUUGGCAACAGCUCGGAGAAGUCGAGCGAGAAACCUUACGGCAGCAGCUGGAUGGCAUUCUCCAACGCCAACACGAAACGGACGAACCGCGAGGGCCAUUCGGGGGGCUUCAUGCUUAACGAUCUGCACCCGUCGCGGAAGCACGCACAUACUGAGAUUCGCGGCGUAUCCCCGACCGGAUCUGAGGAGGAGAUUAUGACAUAUGAUGGUAUCUUGCGGACCACCAAUGUCAAUGUUGUUUAUGAAGAUGCGAAGCGAAGCGAGGUUGGCUCCAGCGUAUCGAAUGAGACAUACCCCGAACGCGUCGAGGCAAGGAAUGUGGCAUAA